AUGCUCUUCCACUCCGCUCUCGUGGCCUUCGCCUUCAGCGCUGUCGUUAACGCUAUUCCCCAGGCAUAUCCCAACAAGUGCGGCGAUCAAGUCUGCCCUGCAGAUAAAGCGAAAUGCUGUGAAGUCAUUGUCAACGGAGUCGCUGAAAUCGGAUGCUUCGCCAAAUGCCCACCCGUCCAAAAAGUCCAACGACGACAGGCAUACCCAAACAAAUGCGGCGACCAAGUCUGCCCUGCCGACAAAGCCAAGUGCUGCGAAGUCAUCGUCAACGGAGUAGCCGAGCUCGGAUGCUUCGCUAAAUGCCCACCCGUACAAAAGACACUCAAGGCCAGGCAGACAUACCCCAACAAGUGCGGUGACCAGGUCUGCCCAGCAGACAAGUCCAAGUGCUGCGAGGUCAUCGUCAACGGCGUCGCUGAACUCGGCUGCUUCGCGCAAUGCCCACCACCACAGCCCAAAGCCCAGCAACUCCAGCGCCGCGAACAGCCAUAUCCUAACAAGUGCGGCGAUACCAUUUGCCCCAGUGACAAGCCUCUCUGCUGCGAGGUCUACUACAACGGCAACCUUGCGUUGGGAUGCUUCGCCGGCAAGACUUGCCCUCCUGUUGGAUUUCCUACCACCACUGCUGCUGUUCAACCUGCGACUACUGCUGUUGCUGCUCGCGCCGUGCCUACUUUUGGUCCCAAGUGUGGCGAUUCUUUCUUCUGCAAGCCUGGCCAGGUCUGCUGCCCUAAUGCUCUGUAUCACUGCGCUGAUCCCGACAAGGUUAGCCAGCAGUGCCCUCAGUAG